GAAUUUCUUUUGUUCGUUCGUGCGUCGGUUGAUUUUCAGAUAUUUUAGACGGUGAUUGAAAUAUAUACUAACGUGUUAUUAACUGUUAUUAUCCUGUGCAAUUAGUAGUUUAAAUACCAUCGCACAAUCACUGCGGCGCGGUUAAUUGGUAUGGCUUCCGGCGGAACACAAAUCAUCUGCCAAAACUGCUCCUCGGUCACCUCGGCUGAAUCGGUUCGGCAGUGCGCCGACUGCGAACGAUCGUGCUGCCACAAAUGCUCGCAGGAGCCGGACGAAUCCGUUUCACUGUUCAGCACUCCGCGCAUUUUGUGCCUCAGAUGCUUCAAGAACCAUCGCGAACAGGACGGGAUUUUGUGCUGCCCGAUGCACCCGGACCGAACGCUAGACCUUUAUUGUAUGACGUGCGAGCAGCAGAUUUGUUGCGAUUGCUUUAUUUUGCUGGCGGAGCACAAACGGCACACCAUCGAUGCGGUGGAAACGGUCUACCGGCAGAAGCUGCUGGAGACGGUUGAGAAGUUCCGCAAGAUUCCCCAGCGGUUGAAGCUGAUCGACUGGGAUGCGAUUCGGCAGGUGGACGAAAAUCUGAGGAUUGUGCAGGACGUGGAGCAACGGAUUCUGGGGGAUAUCAACGAGCUGAUCCGAAACCGGACGGCCGCGAUGCUUGGUAAAACGGCGGAGAAGAAACGGGUGCUGAUUGGUAUCAAGGAGUACGUGGCCCAGAUGGAGUUGCAGAAUCGGCAAACGCUGGAGCAGAUUAGGGGCUUGAACACGAACGACUUUCUCCGGCAGCAGGAAGUGCUUAACGAACGGUGCGAACGAAUCCUAAAGGACGUGGAACAGCUGCAGGUGCAAUCGGUGACAUGGGACGACAUUCAAUGUGACCUCAUUCCGUCGUGCACCCUGGAACCGAUCGUCAUCAAUAUCCCUUUGGAUGGAGAUCAAAUGAGCAAACGGAUUCCCUUCCCAGUGAUGGACGAUUGUGGCAUUCAGUGGAUAACUAUCUGCCAUGUCCGAACCGCGUCGAUAGUGAUGGAAAUGUACCCCAGCCAAACGAUGGGCGAUUUCAAUUUCCGUGCCGUCGUGGAAAUAUCUCAUUUGAACCAGACGAAGGUGACCUACAAAACGCUUUCCUUCCGUGAAAAGCUCAUCCCGACAGAGCUCGCAUCGCUUAAGGAAUUACAAAUCGGCGGUUUCCUUUCCAAGAUGGGAGACAUCCGCUUGAAGAUUGGUGUCCGAUCGGAAACUAUAGUCGAGGAGAACAAUCUGCUGAGGAAGCUGUUGUUCGAUCAGCGGAAAGCGGUUGGACAUUCACAGAUGGAAUUGGCCGCUCUGAAGGAUCAGAACUUCAUACAACAGGGCGACUUGCUAAGGCUAAAUUGCGAAAUGAAACGACUGAAGGAGGUUCACGACGAGCAGGUUAUGGCCAUGAAAAAAGAAAUAAAAGAGCUAAAGCAAACGACCGAUGCAGCAAGACCGGCGUCUCCGGUCAGUUCCGUAGGAGUUCCACCGCCAUCACCGACCGAAAUCGACAAGCAGAAGCUGAGCUGCGAUAUGAAACGGCUACAGGCCAAGCUGGAGUCGAUGCGAAUCGCCAUGAAGUCGAUGAAUCCUUACGCCAUCGGAAGUUUCGAAAUCUACAGAUGGUCCAAGGAAACGAAAUUCUAUUCACCGCAUCUGGCGUCCUACGACGGGGUGACGAUUUACGUGAUCGUCCGGCCAAACUUCACCGAUAACAAUGCGAACGUCGACGCGUACAUCUGCUUUUCCAAAGGCCCCAAGAAAAGGUGCCAAGUCUUCCUGGAAGUUCUCAACGAAAUCGAGGAGAGCAACAUUCGCGAAGAUCGCGUGUUUGACUUUUCCAAGGGUACAAGCUUUGCGUGGAAAAGCGUGAUCACGCACUACGUCUUGACCCGGGACGGAGGCUUUCUCGUCAAUGAUCAUCUGAAGAUCAAGUUCGGACUGAGACCUCUGGUCGAGUAGGCUAAAAGAAGGAGUAACGAAUUCAGGUUGUUCCGGUGAUAACCGUUCGAAUUUCUCAAACAUUCGAAGUGAAUCAGAUGUAGUUCACAUUCCGAAGUAUGUGACUUUAUGUUGUUAAUUUUCUUUUUAUCGUUCUGACUAUUGUAACCGGGAGGUUCUGAAUUAUGUUCGAUGUUAUCUCUAACUUUUGUUGUUAAAUAUAUCGAGUGAUUGUUUAAAAUUUA